AUGCAAGGCCCAGAUGCAGCUCCCGCUGCCCCGACUGCCCCGCGCUCAAGACAUAGACGCCGUGGGAGAGGCCCCGCCACUCGCGAAGCCCAACAGAAUGGACCGACACAACAGCUGAACAACCAAACCGCAGCCGCCGUACAGCAACAGCAAGUGAAUGGCGCUGCAGAAACCGGACAACGCAGCAUCCAACAAGAGCAAUCUCGCCAGCGAAGGCCAAAUAAAGAUGGACGGGGAUCGGGAGCCCGGAGAGGGCGUGGCAAUGCAGCUCGAAGAGGCGGGCAAGGACAGAAUGCGGAGCAAGUCGAUCAAAUAUCACAGCCUCAGUCUCGGGGUAUGAGGGCUCGAGGUUUUGCAGCUCGUUUGACGAGGCCAGAUCAAGAGUCGGUCGAUCAGGGCCAAGAACCUGCGGCUCAUGGUGACGUUGACAGCCUCCGGGCAGAUGCUCCUGAUUUCGUACCGGGAAUGCCAGCAUCGACAGCUCAGCCUCCUCCUCAGUCGUCUGCGAAGGGCAAAGGCAAAGCAAGGCCGAAACCCCCGCCAAAGCCGCCCAAGGUUACAACGAAAUCCAUCGCCGAUGAUAUCGCCACCCGUAUCCACGAAGACAUUGCCCAUAAUCUAUAUGAAUGUCCCAUUUGCACAAGUGAACUAGGUCGCCGAUCAAAGGUCUGGGCUUGUGAACUGUGCUGGACAGUUUUCCAUUUAAGCUGUAUUAAGAAGUGGUCCACGAAUGAGGGUGCAGCUGCUGCCCAGAAUCGCCAGGCACAGGACGGCGAAACUUUCUCGGCUCCCAAGGCCUGGCGUUGUCCCGGUUGCAAUCUCUCUCACGAGGCGUUCCCGACCACCUAUACCUGUUGGUGUGAGAAGGAAGCGGACCCAAGACCAUUAGCUGGCUUGCCUCCGCACUCCUGCGGACAGACAUGCUCACGGCCUCGCAAGGGCUGUCCCCACCCUUGCGAUGCUACUUGCCAUGCUGGACCAUGUGCGCCAUGUACUGCAAUGGGACCAACGCAGGACUGCUUCUGUGGUCGGAAUUCGUCGACUAAACGAUGUCAGGAUACCGACUAUGAGCGUGGGUGGAGCUGUGGUGAGAUUUGUGGUGACCUUUUACCUUGCGGUGAACAUACCUGCCCUCUUCCCUGUCACGAGGGCCUAUGUGGUGCUUGUGAAGUUAAGAUUGAGGGCCGUUGCUACUGUGGAAAGGUGCAGUCUGAAAUGCUUUGCAGCUCGAAGGACGAAGAGAUGGACAGCAAGGUAGCCCGCGAUGACGGCUCCGAAGAGGAGUGGACGGGUUGCUUCAGUUGCAAUGAUGUCUGCGAUCGUCCCUUCGACUGCGGUCUGCACUCUUGCAAGAAGGCGUGCCAUCCGCAGGACUCCAGCCCUGCUCACUGCCCCAAGUCGCCAGAUAGUGUCACCCGUUGCCCAUGUGGUAAAACCCGAUUGACUGACAUCCCCGGCUUCACUCCCCGCACCUCCUGCGAGGACCCUAUCCCGAAUUGUCUGAAGCCAUGUGGCAAGAUGCUGCCCUGUGGUCAUUCCUGCGACCAAAUUUGUCACACUGGCCCCUGCGGAACGUGUAUGCGCCGUGUGCCCAUUGCUUGCCAGUGUGGACGCAACAGUGCCAUGAGUAUCUGUCACCAAGGCGAUAUCAACCCGCCUCAGUGCUUCCGCCAAUGCAAGACGACUUUGCACUGUGGUCGUCACGCUUGUAAUGAGCGAUGCUGCCCCGGAGAACAGAAGGCCAUUGAACGACAAGCCCUCCGCCGGAAAUUGAAGUCUCAUCUCCGCCCUACGGACGAAGAUAUCGAGGCAGAGCACAUUUGCACCCGGAUCUGUGGUCGAUUGCUGAAAUGCGGAAGACAUACAUGCCCGGAGCUCUGCCACAAGGGCGUUUGCAAUACCUGUCGAGAAGCGAUCUUUGAGGAGGUUUCUUGCAACUGCGGCCGAUCUAUUCUGUAUCCACCGCAGCCAUGUGGCACGAAGCCGCCUUCGUGCUCGUUCCCUUGUGCACGUCCCAAGUCGUGUGGACAUCCGCAGACUGCGCAUAACUGCCACACUGAUGAGGAGUCUUGUCCCAAGUGUCCGUUCCUGACCGAGAAAGAGUGUCUGUGUGGUAAGCGGGUGAUGAAAAAUGUACCUUGCUGGCUUACAGAUGCCCGUUGCGGUCAGGUUUGCGGCGCACUUUUGAAAUGUGGUUCUCAUUAUUGCAAAAAGGAUUGCCAUCGACCGGGUGAAUGUGAAGACGCGGAUAAGCCUUGCCAGCAAGCGUGUGGAAAGACCAAGACGCUGUGCGGUCACCCUUGCUCCGAGCAAUGCCAUGCUCCAUAUCCGUGCCCGGAAAAGACGCCUUGCUCGUCCACGCUUACAGUGACAUGUAGCUGUGGUCGACUGCGCCAGGAAAGACGUUGUGGUGCUGCCAAGGCUGUUACCUCCAAGGGCCAGCUUCAGCAGCCAGAGCGCUUGCCUUCACUUACUCCAUUGACGUGCGAUGAUGAAUGCUCCCGUCUAGAGCGGAACCGCUCCCUGGCAUCUGCACUUGGCGUUGACAUCGACAAGACGACCACUGUGCAGGCGUUCACCGCGGCUAACCUCCCAUACUCUGCCGAGACACUCGAUCAAUACGUCAAACUUGCCUCGACGGCUCCACUCUCGACUCUUCAAACAUACGAGUCCAGUCUGCACUCUCUAGCAACCGAUACCACGAAUCGUUCAUUCCGCUUCCAGCCUGCCAAGUCAACCCUCCGAGCUUACGCUCACUCUCUCGCAACGGACUGGGGCUUCGUCACCGAAAGCCAUGACCCCGAACCACACCGACACGUCUUCGUUCUCAAGCCACUGACCUGGACACCGCCCAUCUUCGGCAUGGGCAGCGGCUCAUCCAUCGGAAUCGGCGGCAUGAGUGUGCGUGGGUGCGUUAAGCUCCGCGAGCGCGAGCGAACUAAAGAACGCGACGCACAACGCGCCGCCGCGCUCGAAGCCAAGGCCGCUCGGAACGCUGCUAAGUCGCAAACAGGCGCCGACGGCUGGGCCCAGGUUGCUUCUCGGGGCAAGAAGUCUGGGGCAGAUAGUAGUGCGGCUAGUACUCGGAGCACCACACCUGUUCAGACUCCGUUCCAGAGCCGGUCUAUUUACUCUGCUCUUGUGGGUGGCAAGAUGCCUGAUACUUCGAGCCAGUCGUCUAAGAAGGAGCGCUUGGUUCUUCGAUCUGGUGUUGGUGCGGGCAAGGCGUUGCUGACGCAGUCUUCGGCUGAGGUCGUUGAUAGCUGGGAGGAAGCUGAGGAGAAGGAAGAACAGGCUGAGCAGGCCGAACAAGAGAAAGAGAACGAGAAAACAUUGGUCGAGGCACAGCCAGAGACUGCAGAGAGUGCUGCAGAAGUGGUUGAUCAGCCGGUGGAAGUUGGAAUUCAGAAUACCCCAGCCCUCGAAUCUGCCGAGGGCGAGGAGCCCGAACACGUUUGA